AUGGAGAAGAAGCGGGUGGUCAUCGUCGGAGCAGGCGUCAGCGGCCUCACGGUGUGCAAGCACCUCCUGGAGCUCGGCUGCCAGCCGACCGUCUUCGAGGCUGACACCAUGCUCGGCGGUGUGUGGGCGCGCGCCAUGGCCAGCACCAAGCUCCAGACGCCGCGGUCCAUGUACCAGUACUCCGACUUCCCGUGGCCGGAGAGCGUGACGGAGGAGUUCCUGAGCCACCGCCAGGUGGCGGCGUACCUCGACGCGUACGCGCGCCACUUCGGCGUGCUCAGCUGCGUCCGUUUCGGCCACCGGGUGGUCGGCAUGGAGUACCACGGCGUCGGCGAGCAGGCCAUGGCCGCGUGGGAGGAGUGGGCUGGGAACGGCCAGGCGUUCAGCUCCGGCGCCGGCGAGUGGCGGCUGUCGGUGGCCGACGACGACGGCCACGUGGAGACACACAAAGCAGACUUUGUCGUUCUUUGCAUAGGGAUGUUCAGUGGUGUGCCCGACAUACCCACAUUCCCAGCAGGUAAAGGUCCAGAAGUAUUUGAUGGGCAUGUGAUCCACUCCAUGGAUUAUGCCAAAAUGGGCACAAGUAAAGCUAAGGAGAUGAUCAGGGGCAAGCGUGUGACUGUCGUUGGCUACAUGAAAUCUGCACUUGAUAUUGCCGCUGAAUGUGCCGAAGUAAAUGGCACUGCUCACCCAUGUACAAUGGUGGUCCGGACAAAGCACUGGAUCGUACCGGACUACUGCGUCUGGGGCAUCAAUGGCAAAAACUUCACUCUCAACCGUUUCUCUGAACUCCUCAUCCACAAGCCUGGCGAGGGCCUCCUCCUGUCGAUCUUGGCCACUCUCCUGACUCCCUUGAGGUGGGCGUUCUAUAAGUUGGCCGAGAGCUACUACUCCAUCCCAAUGAAGAAGCACGGCAUGGUGCCUGACCACAGCUUGUUCCAUGCGCUGGCUGCGGCCUUCAUCUACGUUUCACCCAAGGACCACUACAAGAGGCUGGAAGAAGGCAGCAUCAUGCUCAAGAAGUCCAAGACAUUCAGCUUAUGCAAGGAAGGCGUGCUCGUGGAGGGCGAGCCGUCGCCGGUCAAGAGCGACGUGGUGAUCUUCGGCACCGGGUUCAAGGGCGACGAGAAGAUCAAGGACAUGUUCACUUCAAAGUACUUCCGGAAUGUCGCGAUUGGGUCAGAAUCCACUACUGUGCCUCUCUACAGUAUAUUUGUAUAUAUGUUUCUCACCAUUUGUCCUAAUUUGAACUCUCGAUCUUGGUCAUCAUUUAUGAGUCGUGCUAAAUUUUUCAAACAUGCAUGUUUCACAAACAGAGAGUGCAUAAAUCCUAAGAUACCUCAGCUCGCCGUGAUCGGAUAUUCUGACACCCAUUCGAACAUCUACGCCUCCGACAUUCGCGCCAAGUGGUUGGCACGCUUCUUGGACAGCAGCUUCAGACUACUGAACGUCGCGGCAAUGCAGAAGGAUGUGCUCGAAUGGGAGAAGUACAUGAAGAUACUGUGGAAGAUACUUCCGCCGGUCAACAUCUUGAUCCUGAACACUUGGUACAACGACCAGCUCUGCCGUGACAUGGGGUGCAAUCCUUGGAGGAAGAAAGGUUCUUUUCGGAACUGUUUGAGGUCUAUGGCCCUGGUGAUUAUGCUAACCUACUCUCAACUCCAAGUCCAAGGAACACUAGAACUUGUGUCUAGAUUCCUUUGGCACGUACGGAUCACUUUAUGCUCUCAGAUAUUCUUGUUACAGCGAAUAGUGUUGGGAAAUGUGAUGACCAUCUUUGCACUUAUCUAA